GUAAUUUUUUUCUUCAGUCAAACAAAUGACACCAAACUAGUCAGUAAAAACUUAAAAGUGAUUUUGUUUAUUGAAAUAUUACGAACAACAUGAGUAGCCGCUUUCUCAACUGUUGUAGGCCGUUUGAUGGAAAAAAGUGUUCAAAAGAGUUACGAAAUCUCACCGAAAGCACCAUAGAUAAACUGAAAGCGACUGGUUAUGCUCCAAUGUCCACAUUGAAUACAAAUUUACGCAUUUGCACGUCCUGCCGUCUAAACGUUGACAAAAGAGCAAUCUGUAUAUCAUCGGUUGAGCAGAGCGCAGGAAGUUCGAAAACGACAGCAACUGAGGAAUUGCCAGAUGUAUCGACAACAACUGAGGAAUUACCAGAAGUAUUAAGUGCUGAGAGCCUUGCCACCGUACCAUCAGCGAAAUCUGUUUCAACAAAUCAAUCGGAAGAUGAGUGUAUCCAAAAGGUCAACAUCGAACGCUUUAACGAGGGCAUAGCUGGGAUAAAAGUGACUCCGAUUAAAUGGAGUAAGAUGGACUACGUUUAUUACCCGGAGAAAAAUUACCGUGAAAUAAACGAAGCUGUACGAAGAAACCUCUUCAAAUUAGGACCUGAUGAUGUGGAAAAUACAGACUACGAUGAGCUUUAUAUUGCAAGAUGAAGUGCAGUCCCAUCACUGGAACGUACAACGAGCUACAAUUCAUCCAUUCGUUAUUUAUUUUAAUGGAAG